UAUAGCCAUGCGAGCGAUCCCUGCACUCAGCUGCGCGGAGAGUGCAUACAUGGCUUGUGUGACAGCAACGGCACACAGAAGCAGCAAUGAAAUGCAGUUAGCAAUACAGCUGGGAGACAGGCAGCGAGGCAGGCACUGGUCCAGUGACUAAAAUGAUCCUGCCGUGAGCCAGCUUGCAGUGCCUCCAAAAGUGGCUGACUACUACACAGGAUCUCGGCUUUCUUUGCGAUUACUCCAGUUCCCCCUGGGUGACUGCAGUGUGUGCUCUGUUUUGGUUUUGUUUGCCUUUGUAAAUUUUUUUUUUUCCCCCACCCGUCUCCCUCUCUCCUCCCGUGUCCUUCUUUCCAGGAUGGCGGAAGCAGAGUUGCACAAGGAAAGGCUCCAAGCCAUAGCAGAGAAAAGGAAAAGGCAGACAGAAAUAGAAGGCAAGAGACAACAGCUUGAGGACCAGAUACUUCAGCUGCAGCAUUUCAAGUCAAAAGCUCUUCGGGAAAAAUGGCUGCUACAGGGAAUUCCUGCUGGCUCUGCAGAAGAGGAAGAAGCCAGAAGGAGGCAGUCAGAAGAGGAUGAACUGAAGGUGAAAAAGCUGGAAGAAAACAUACACAGGCUGGAACAAGAAAUACAGAAAUUAGAAAGUGAGGAGUCCCAAAUAUCUGCCAAAGAACAAAUCAUUUUGGAGAAACUAAAGGAGACUGAGAAAUCCUACGACAACUUGCAAAAGAGUUUCUCACAACAGGAUGGUGAUGCAGUAAAUUACAUUUACUCCCAGAUCCCUGAACUCCCAACCCUCUAUUCACGAACAGCAGAGCCAGUUCCUGAGUGGGACGGAGCAAGCAGAGUAGCUGCUUUGUGCACCAUGGAAAUUAAUGUGGAGAAAGACAAACAGACAGGAGAGACCAAGAUUGUCUCUGCUUCACCUAUUGGCCCAGAUGAGGCCCAUCAAAGAGGAUUCAAAGUCUAUGAUGAUGGUACCAAGGUAGUCUAUGAGGUUCACUCUGGUGGCACAGUGGUAGAAAAUGGAGUACGUAAAUUAAGCUCAAAGGACGUAGAUGAACUUAUGCAAAAAGCUGGACAAUCAAGUGUAAAAGGAGGGUAUGAAAAAAUGACUGUGUCAGACAGAAAUGCGGUAGCCGAUGGAAACCUUAGCCAUAUGAAGGAGCAAAUGCUCUUCAAGGAGGCAAAGCUGGAAAUGGUACACAAACCCAGCAAAGGACAUGCAGUGAACCCUCAGCCCCAAGACAAACCCUGCGGUGGCGAAGCCCCGGAGGCCAGCACAGAUCAGCCAGUGACAAUGAUAUUUAUGGGCUACCAGAACAUCGAUGAUGAAGAGGAAACAAAGAAAGUGCUGGGCUAUGAUGAGACCAUCAAGGCAGAGCUGGUCCUGAUCGAUGAAGAUGACGAGAAGUCGUUGCGGGAGAAGACAGUGACAGAUGUCUCCACCAUGGAUGGGAACGCCGCUGAGCUGGUCUCUGGCAGGCCCCUGUCGGACACGACAGAGCCCUCCUCUCCUGAGGGGAAGGAAGAGAGCCUGCCCUUGGAAGCUGCCCCAGGCACGGGAGGAUCGGAUAUGCUGCCAAGGGACCCGCCAGGACCAUGCUUCUGUGAAAGUCCCAAAACUGAGGAGAGUGCAGGGAAAUCUUCCAGAAUCCCUGAGGAUGACAUCAGGUUGAGAAAAAACAGAGACCAAAACUGUGCCAAUUUCUUGGAGCCAGCUACUGUGCUUGCUACAAAGGAAGAGAAAAUGGAAAUUGAAGUUCCAGUUUCUGAACAUAAAAGCAUCACCACAGUGGCUUCACCACAUCCCAUAGACAAUCCAACCCACUUCUUUUCCCCUGCUGCCAGCCACAAUGGACUUAAGGACAGGCAUGAAUCUCUGGACAGUGAAGUUGCUAAAGAGAUCAGAUACCUAGAUGAAGUGCUGGAAGCAAACUGCUGUGAUUCUGCUGCAGAUAAUACCUUUAAUGGGACAUUCUCCCCUGAACCAAGUUCAGUCUCCAUUAUGGAUGGCUCAGGAGCAUCUGUCAAUGUCAAUAAUGAUUCAGUACCCAGUGAAAGGGAAGAAAAUGUAGCUGACAAGCAGGCAUCCUUGGUAGUUGAACCACGUGAAGCUGGCAUAACAGAUGAGAACCUGAAAUCUAACGGCCAUUCUUUGGGUGGACUGAAGGAAGACACUAGGGAGAGUCUGAAGGUGCCAGGAAGUCCCACUUCUUCAAACAGUUCUAGAAGAUCCUCUAAGGAUGGAGAAACAACUCUUACAACUCUUAAGAAAGAGGCUAAGUUUGAACUACGAGCUUUCCAUGAGGACAAAAAGCCCUCAAAACUCUUUGAAGAUGAGGAAGAGAAGGAAAAAUACAGGGUCCGCAAGGUGAGACCAUCAGAGGAAAUGAUGGAACUUGAAAAGGAAAGAAGGGAACUCAUUAAAAGCCAGGCAGUCAAGAAAAACCCCAACAUUGCUGCCAAAUGGUGGAACCCUCCCCAAGAGAAGACCCUGGAGGAUCAACUGGAUGAAGAGCAUCUGGAGUCCCACAAGAAGUACAAGGAGCGCAAGGAGAGACAGCAGCAGCAAGGUGCAACACCAUCAUCCCCCAAACAGGUCAGCUGCUCCUUUGUACCACCAGAGCCAGCCAGUAUCAAAAAAGAGGACAUUGUCACAGAGCAAAUUGACUUCUCAGCUGCCAGAAAGCAGUUCCAGCUCAUGGAGCAUUCAGGUCCAUCUCAGGGUCAGGCCCCACCGAGACGGUCAGGAACACCCAAAAUGUUCUCCAUCAAGCCCUUCUACAAAAGCCUCAAUUCUCCUCAUGUAGACAGGCCACCGUCCUCAGUGACAAGACCCAUUUCAGUGUGUGGGCAAACAGGACAGUUUGAGGGUAACAAUGCCACUGUUGUCAAAGCACAGAAGGUCUCCUGUAGCUCAGAUGAUGAUACAAGUGCUCAGACUACCACUGCUGACCCAAUAAGAGAGUUACCAUGCAGUGAUAGCCCCAGAGCUGGACAGGCCUCAAAGCUGUGGGCAGAGGAUGGAGAAUUCAUGAGUGCAAAAGCAGUCUUCACGGUGGUGAAGGAUGAUGGACAGGGUGUGCUAGACCACUUCCCAAAGUCAGGCAGCGCCUCUUCCCCACCAGAGGAGCUUGACUCCGGUUUGGAUGACUUGUCUGUCAGGUCUCAGGAUACCACUGUCUUGGAGACCCUUUCCAAUGACUUCAGCAUGGAUAACAUCAGCGACAGUGGUGCCUCCAAUGAGACCAUGAGCGCCCUGCAGGAAAGCUCUCUGGCUGAUUUCUCCCUGCCUCAGACCCCUCAGGCUGACACUCCGGCAGAGUGCAGGAGCGAAGGCAUCUCCAAGUCAUUCAGCGACCCGGGCUGUGUCUCGCCUUCCUCCACCUUGGCAGACUCCAUGCUGAUUGACCACCAGCUGGAGUACCAUGCUGGCCUGCUUGUUCAAAACGCCAUCCAACAAGCCAUAGCUGAGCAGGUGGAUAAAGCAAACUGCAAGGAAGAAGAAAUCCCAGUGGAAAAGGAGAUACCAGUCAAAGAGCAGCCAGCCCCCACCAGCCCAGCUCCAGGCUUCAAGGAGGAGCAGAACCCAAUGUUUGAGCCACCCCAGGUGUCUUCACCUGUUCAAGAAAAAAGGGACACCAUACCAAAGACUUCAAAAGAGGAAGACUCAGGACUCAGGGAAGGGAGGAGUUUGCAGCAGUCACCUGUGUACUCAGCCAGUCAGCCAUUCCUUGUGGAGGAAAAUAAGCAUGAAGUUAGCUAUUUCAGCAAAUAUUCAGAGGCAGCUGAGCUGAGGAGCACUGCAUCCAUCCUGGCCACACAGGAGCCUGAAGUGACCGUGGGCCCUUUCAAGUUACGGUCGAGGAAGCAGCGGACUUUGUCGAUGAUAGAAGAGGAGAUCAGAGCUGCCCAGGAACGAGAAGAGGAGCUGAAGAGGCAGCGGCAAGGUCUGCAGGUGACACCAAGCCCUGUGAUGAAGAGCGCACCACUCAUGCCCACCAGAACUGUGUCUUACAAAACUGCACCAGGAAAGAUAGAGAAGAUCAAGCCUCCUCCAUCUCCCACCACAGAAGGCCCCGUCUCGCAGUCUGACCUCCCACCCGAGGAGCCUGCGGGAGCCCAGCGACCCAAGAACCUGAUGCAGACCCUCAUGGAGGAUUAUGAAACACACAAAACUAAGAGACGAGAAAGGAUGGAUGACAGCAGUUACACCUGUAAAUUACUGUCUAGCAAGGUUACUUCUGAGGUCCUCGAGGCGACCAGGGUGAACCGCAGAAAGAGUGCUCUGGCGCUGCGUUGGGAAGCUGGCAUUUAUGCCAACCGGGAGGAGGAUGAAUAACUACACUGCAGUGUGAAGACAGCGACCAGGCAUGCCGAAACCAAAAAAAGAGAAAGGAAGAAAAAAAACAAACACAAAACCCACCAUGAAAGCAGCAGCAUUUUAGGCUAAUAUUUAUUAAACACACAACAAACUCAGUGAUGCACAUAGACACAGAAAUGAUCCAACUCCUGGCAGUCCUAAAACAAGGAAAAGCCCACCUAGAAAAUACCCUCUUCUCCUUCCCUCCAUCCUCCCUCUGAAAUAGUGCAAUGGAGAGGGUGCAGGGGGUGGGAGCCCUUGGCAGGGGGACAAGGGAGCGGUUAUCCCCAUGGACUGGAGAGGCCACAGGUGCAUGGUGGGAGGUCAGCAUGGAGGAACGUGCAGCCAGGGCUCACACUCAUGCUUCCCACUGACUGAAUUGCCCUGCCUUGCCCCCGGAUCACCGUUCCCCUAGCAGCUCCUCUCGGACCCGCCUGCAGUUCCUCAGCCUCCCACAGCCACUGCACCAAGAUCAUCAGAAGUACUUUGGCGUACAAAAAAAAAAAAAAAAAAAAUCAGGCUACAAAAACAGCCACAGAACACAACGAUAUUGCCCUCUGUUGCUCUUUCUUUGAGGGGGACUGAAAUGUUGGGUUUGGGAUUGGAGUGGGUGGGUGUGGUGGUGGGGGUGGUGGUUUGCUCCCCUGUCUAGUAAUUUAUCUGUUUAAAAGGAAAAACAAAACAAGGAGGCAGUUACUGCAGAUGUACAAUCCAGCAGACUCAGUAAAACAGUCCUUGUGUUGCAUACACAAGCCAUCACAAUUUAGGAGUGGAAUAGAUGGGGAUGAGAGCUAAGCCAAAUGGAUUACCUUAGCUUUAGGAUCCUAUAUGCUUGCAAUAUCACCUGAGCUCCAGGUUCUCAGAACAUAUUUACGUAACAAAGUUUCUAAAUAGAAAAUCUGUAUUUAGAUCAUCUGUAUUUUUUGAUGGUGGGGAGGGAAGAGAAUGGCAUAUGUGUAAAAUCUAUGAAGAUGGAUAAUUUGAAUUAGAAAGGUAGUGGGAAAGGUAUACAAAUAAAGAACAUUUAAUUUUUAAAUGAGGCAAUAAUUGAACUAAGCCAGACUCUGGCCUAGAGAGAGGUAUGAAAUGAAGAGAGGUAGUUAUGUCUUCAACUAUAUUUAUACAACAUAAAAAGCCUUUGAAGUAGAGUGCUUUGUGGAAGUCUUCACAUUUCCAGGCAACAAAAGUGCUAAAGGGCAUAAUGAGUUGGAAGGAGUGAGCAAGGAAGAUCAGACAAGGGAAGAAAACAUUAUUUUUGCCGUUCAGCCAGUGUCUUCAGUGCUACAAGCAAACCAUAGAGCCUUUAGUUAUUGCUUAGGCUUGGGAUCAGCAGUGAAGGAUUAGUGUGGUUCUGUGUGUGUGUGCGUGCAUGUGUGUGCGUGCGGGUGUGUGCAUGAGGCUGGCGUACCAGAAAGUGUGUGGCAGUAUGUGUACUGAUUAUUUUCUCCAAAGCUGUUUACCAGCUGUAGGGGUGAGUGCUAAUUUUUUUUUUUUUUUCUGAAAGGGGAUAUAAAAACAAGGCACUGAGUUAAUGCAGUAUUUGUGAUAUUAAAAUUUGACCCAACAUGGUAUUUGCAUGAGUCACAAUUUCAAAGUAUUGACCAGUUUUGUAAGCUGACAAUUAGGAAAAGAAAUGUGGUAUUUAUUCUUGUGCUUUGUAUUUGUAUGUAGUAUAGAGGCUGCGGGUUUACUCUUUCUUUUCACGCAAGCAAUACAAUAGGAAUAUUUUACAGCUGGGAACCAUAAUUUCUGGACUAGAAAUCAACAAGUUCAGGAAGUGAUAGAAAAAAAGACACUGAGCUUUUUUCUAUGUAGAAUACUCUUGUCUUUUUUGUAAACAAGCAAUUAUUAUUUUGACAUCUUUUUAAAAAAAUUCAUCAGACAGGAUACUGGUCCUCCCUUAAACCUUUCCUUCGUUUCAUGACCUGCUGUGCUGUUUUAUUCUCAAACAGUGAUCUCAUUUAAAAUGAGUACUGAUACUGUGAACAUACUUCUGGUGCUUUUCUUAAACAAACACAGAGCUUGCAACCAAAUUAUCCCCUCCCCCAUCUCACUCCCCACCUUCAGAAUGUAAUUUCUGUCCAUGGACAAUAUCAUUUUGAGGCUUAUUUUCAGGGAAUUGUAGCAAAUAAAAUUAUAUAUACCUGUUAACUCAGUUCUGUCAUUUGUCUCCCUAAGUGCUACUGAACAGAAGAAAACGCUGCUGAACUGAGUGUUCACUGUGAUAAGGGCAGCGAGCUUAUCUCAAGUAUGCUCUCUAGACCCUGGUGCGUGGGGAGGCACCAUGCCUAUGAAGGAGUUACAUACCUAAUGAAGGGGACCCGUUGUGCAGACAUGGUGAUCGACAGUGAGCUGUGAUACACGUCUGCAGGUGGGUUUUUACUGUAAGACUGUAGGAAAAGCAACACCACCAAUGCAGCCCUUUAGUGAGGCCAUACAUCAUGUAGCUGUGUCUCUGAGCUCUGCACAUCUGUACCAAGAGGAGUCCUGGCUCACUCCACUCUUGGGGAGAGCUUAAGUGACACUGGGAAGAAGGUGUUCCCGGAGCAAAGGACACGGCCCCUUACUGUGCGGUGGUCUUCAGGGUUCCCCCCAGUAUUUUCUCCCUGAGACCAGGGCAGCCCUGGGCUGCCUUUCCCAGGAACCUCCAUCUUUCUUUAACCUGUUUUUUCUGCCUGAUCUCUCACUUGAAGCCAGUGACAUUGAUCACCCAUCAUAAGACAUCUCUUCAUGCUUAGCCACGUCCUCCUCUACUACCAAAAUCAGCCCUCAGUCUUUGAAGUGAAAAUUAAAUUGUUCCUCUGGAAAGGAAAUGUGAUGGUGGGGAGAGGCCAGGCAUGAGUCCUCUGUGCUAAAAACAUCAGCCUUUAGCCCCUGCAGCAAAAGUAUUUGCAUGUAUCUGUCCAGGGCAGUCAAACUUUCCACCCAGCAGAGUUUUUCUCUUCCAGAAAUUAUGGACACUUGCAUUCAGCAGCACACAUUCAGUGCUGUGGUAACACGAGUGCAAUGCAGUUUACUUGCCUCUGUUAUUUCAUUUGCAUGCUACCAAGCUUAGGUGUUUAUAAGUAUACGCCAGUAAUACAUAUCUAUCUAUCUAUAACUAUAUCAAAUGCAACAAAAGAGCACUAUUGCAGAGUUAACUUUGUCUCCACAAAAGAAAUGCUCAGAUCCUUUCCCGUGGCAAAGACUGGUUUUAAUGAAAUUGUGUAUUGAGAAAUAGUUAAGCAUUAGCAUUUGUGAUUAUAAUCAGUUUGGGGUUACAGUGCAGGUUUUCUGAAAAUUUGUUUUAAAAGCUGCCAGUUUGGGCUUCAUCUUGCUCCGUACUGACAUUAUCUGAAGGAAAAUACAGUAGCAUUGACAUGUUCGGCAACCAAAAGGCGGCAUCCUUGUCAUGACUUAUCAACCAGUUUCAACAAUACCUGGCUUUCUGUAUGUUAACCACUUAAAUGUUAUCCUGCUUCUGUUUUAUAGUGACUGUGAGGCCUACAAUGCAAGUAUAUAAUUAUUUUCUCAUUAAAACAGAAACCUGUGUUGUGUUUCUAUAAA